UUCCCGGGGGGAGGGCCCGGCGCGCUCCGGGAGGCUGCGGCCCCGGCCCGGGAGCGACGCGAGUUGGGUCGGAGCGUGGCCGGACCCCCCACCCGCCGAGGCUCCCAGGGAGGACGCGCGUUCAGGCAGGAUCACGGUGGCAGCUGCGAGGGUCGGACACCCAGAUCUCCGGAGUGAACUCUAGGCCCAGCCCCCAUCCGCCACCAUUCCGUGCUGCGGGGACACCAUGGCUCCAGAGGAAGAGGCUGGAGGGGAGGCCCUGGAGGGCAGUUUCUGGGAGGCUGGCAACUACAGGCGGACCGUGCAGCGGGUGGAGGACGGGCACCGGCUGUGCGGGGACCUGGUCAGCUGCUUCCAGGAACGCGCCCGCAUCGAGAAGGCCUACGCCCAGCAGCUGGCUGACUGGGCCCGCAAGUGGAGGGGCGCCGUGGAGAAGGGCCCCCAGUAUGGAACGCUGGAGAAGGCCUGGCACGCCUUCUUCACGGCGGCCGAGCGGCUGAGCGCGCUGCACCUGGAGGUGCGGGAGAAGCUGCAGGGCCAGGACAGCGAGCGGGUGCGUUCCUGGCAGCGGGGCGCCUUCCACCGGCCCGUGCUGGGCGGCUUCCGCGAGAGCCGGGCGGCCGAGGACGGCUUCCGCAAGGCCCAGAAGCCCUGGCUCAAGAGGCUGAAGGAGGUUGAGGCUUCCAAGAAAAGCUACCACGCGGCCCGGAAGGAGGAGAAGACCGCCCAGACGCGGGAGAGCCACGCAAAGGCAGACAGCGCCGUGUCCCAGGAGCAGCUGCGGAAGCUGCAGGAGCGGGUGGAACGGUGCUCCAAGGAGGCCGAGAAGACGAAGACCCAGUAUGAGCAGAGCCUGGCGGAGCUGCACCGCUACACCCCACGCUACAUGGAGGACAUGGAGCAGGCCUUCGAGAGCUGCCAGGCGGCCGAGCGCCAGCGGCUCCUCUUCUUCAAGGACAUGCUGCUCACCUUACACCAGCACCUAGACCUCUCCAGCAAUGAGAGGUUCCAUGAACUCCACCGAGACCUGCAUCAGGGCAUCGAGGCAGCCAGCGACGAGGAGGACCUGCGCUGGUGGCGCAGCACCCAUGGGCCGGGCAUGGCCAUGAACUGGCCCCAGUUUGAGGAGUGGUCCUUGGACACACAGAGGACAAUCAGCAGGAAGGAGAAGGGUGGCCGGAGCCCUGACGAGGUUACCCUGACCAGCAUUGUACCCACCAAAGACGGCACUGCACCCCCACCCCAGUCCCCGGGGUCCCCACGCGGCAGACACGAGGAGGAGUGGUCAGAUGAGGAAAACCCCCCGAAGGCUGCCACGGGUGUGCGGGUGCGGGCACUCUAUGACUAUGCGGGGCAAGAAGCCGAUGAGCUGAGCUUCCGAGCAGGGGAGGAGCUGCUGAAGAUGAGCGAGGAGGAUGAACAGGGCUGGUGUCAGGGCCAGCUGCAGAGUGGCCGGAUUGGCCUGUACCCUGCCAACUACGUGGAAUGUGUGGGGGCCUGACCUGCCCUGGCAGCCCUUGUACAACGUUUCUCCACCCUGAGUCAGAGCCCAGCUUGUUUGGACAGCCGGACCUGAGGGCCCUGAACCAUCCUGUCCCCUGCGACCGCUCUGUCCCUCCAGGAGGGAGAAGUCCUGGGACCCAGGGAGGGGAGGGGCCUUGUGUCUGGGAAGGGACUGGUAGGGAAGGGCCAACUGAGUCUACGCUGAGAAGAUGGGGAGGUGGGGAGGUCAGGAAGUGACGGAAGGGCUCAGGGGUGCCUGAGCCUCCCCAAAGAGUCCUCCAGUCUCCCCGGGAGCUGUGGACCUAGUCUCUCUUUUGGGGCUCCAGGGGUUGGCUUGGGGUGAGUGUAGUUCUGGGCUAGCAGCACUCUUGUGGCUUGUUCUAGUGUGUAUUAAACUUCGAAGGAA